AUGCAAAAGCUUGAAGAUAUUAUUUCUCUUAAAAUUGUGUAUGAGGGGGUAUCAUCCUUUAUUUCUUGCAAACAGUCUUAUAGGGGUGUCAUUCUUCUUUGGACUUCUGAGGAGUAUUAUUCUUUAUUUCUUGCAAAUAGGUCUAUAGGAGUGUUGUUCUUCUUUGGAUUUCUGGAAGGAGGGUAUCGUCCUUUAUUUCUUGCAAACAAUCCUAUAGAGUAUCAUUUUUCUUUGGACUCCUAG